AUGGCAUUGCAGAGAAACUUCUCCAUAGAUGCACAAGGAAAUGAGGGGUAUAGCUCUAAAUAUGAUGAUGACGGUCACAUAAAAAGGACAGGAACAUGGGUAACUGCAAGUGCACACAUAGUGACGGCAGUGAUUGGCUCUGGGGUGCUAUCAUUGGCAUGGAGCAUUGCUCAGUUGGGAUGGAUUGCAGGGCCUAUUAUUUUGAUCAUCUUCUCCCUCGUCACUCUCUUUACUUCUUUUCUGCUCAGUGAUUGUUAUAGGUACCCUGACACUGUUCAUGGAACCAGAAACCCCAGCUAUAUGCAGAUGGUGAAAAAUAUUCUAGGGGGAACUCAAUACCGGUUUUGUGGAUUGGCUCAGUACGGAAAUCUUGUAGGAAUAACCGUUGGAUACACUAUCACUGCAUCCAUUAGCAUGGUGGCCAUCAAAAGAUCCAAUUGCUUUCAUAAGCAUGGCCACCAAGUGAGGUGUCAUACAUCAAAUUACCCAUUUAUGAUCAUCUUUGCGAUCAUAGAGAUUCUAUUCAGCCAAAUCCCAGAUUUCCAUGAACUUUCAGGGCUCUCUCUUAUUGCUGCCGCCAUGUCUUUUGGUUAUGCUUCCAUAGGCGUUGGUCUCUCCAUAGCCAAAAUAGCAGGGGGAAACCAUGUCAAGACAAGCCUCACAGGGCUUACCGUUGGAGUGGAUGUGACAAGCAAGGAGAAGCUAUGGAAUACCUUCCAAGCAAUUGGAAACAUUGCUUUUGCAUAUGCCUUCAGUGUAGUAAUUGUUGAGAUACAGGACACAUUAAAAUCAACCCCACCAGAAAAUCAAGCCAUGAAGAAAGCAACCAUCACUGGAGUCACAAUCACCACUCUGUUUUACAUGUUAUGUGGCGUUCUAGGCUAUGCAGCAUUUGGGAACAAGGCACCAGGAAACUUCUUAACAGGAUUUGGUUUUUAUGAACCAUAUUGGCUUGUUGACAUUGGUAAUAUUUUCGUUGUUAUUCAUCUGGUGGGCGCCUACCAGGUAUUUGCACAACCAAUUUAUCUACUAGUGGAAAAUUGGUGUAGGAAGCGUUGGCCAGAAAGCAACUUCAUGGCAAAAGAAUAUCAUAUCAACAUUCCAUCGGUUGGUACUUAUAGAAUGAAUAUGUUCCGGGUCAUAUGGAGGACACUAUAUGUGAUAUUCACCACUGUGAUUGCUAUGAUAUUGCCCUUCUUCAACAGCAUUGUGGGUUUGCUUGGAGCUUGUUCGUUCUGGCCCUUGACUGUGCACUUUCCAAUAGAGAUGUAUCUGGCACGAGCUAAAGUACCAAAGUAUUCUCUUAACUGGAUAGGGAUGAAGUUGAUAAGUGUGUUUUGCUUGAUUGUGACUCUUGUUGCUGCAGCUGGAUCAAUCGAAGGAAUUAUCUCAGACCUUAAAACCUAUAAGCCCUUCAAGUCUACUAAUUAGCG